AUGAGGGAAGCGGGACGGGCGGGACGGGCGGGAAGGGGUCGACGAGAGAUGGAGGACGUUACCAUCGCGGCCUCCGAAGAAACGUCGAUAGACCGUAAUUUUAUUGCCGAAGUUACGGUGGCCCCAAAGUUCACUUCAGCAAACAUAAAGGAAGCGGAAUACAACACAAUUGGAAACUGUCUGCUGUCACUGAUCUCCAGAGAGAGAGAGAAAGCCGCGCCGACGUCGAUCGGCAUCGAAUCGAUGCAUUACGAGACGUCGAAUCUACCCUUCCCGAGCGUGACCCUUUGUCCAAAUGACCGUGUCGACUGGAGUCGCGCCCUCGAGCUCGAGCCGAGGAUUUUCUCUAACGUUACCGACGAGGCAAGUGUCGAAACUUUUCGGAAAAUACUGGGCAAGCUUUCCGUGAUGAGCUUCGGGGAUUUCGACGAGCUGGAUUUUCUGAAGAAGCAGAAUGUUCGUAGUCUCGCGGGUAUCAACAUCACUCAAGUGCUGCACGAGGUAAUGCCACGCUGCGACCAAUUGCUGUCCGCCUGCUGGUGGCGCAACGCCAAUCGCAAUUGCUGCGAGAUCUUCGAGGUGCAGAAGACCGAAUACGGUUUCUGUUACUCGUUCAAUUCUGAAGUGGCGCAGACAGCACCGGCGAAUCUCACGGAAUCGCGGCCACGAAGAGCGUCGGGCUACGGCGAUUGGAGCGGCGUCAAGGUUACGAUUCAUCUGGGAAACAUAUCGAAGCCACCAAAUUCCGAGGAGAUUGAUGGCGUCUUGGUGAUAAUAAACGAGCCCCGGGUCUGGCCCAACAGCGGCACCAUGAUACCGUCGGGCUCGCUGGUCAGCGUGUCCUUGGAAUGCGUUUCCGGCCAUGCCACUCAGCGAGUCCUCGAGCUGGACAAGGACAAGCAACCGUGCCAAUACGACGAGGCCGGCAUGUACAAGCAGGAGACCUGCCUAUCGCUCUGCAAACGUUACUGGGUCGCCAAGUAUUGCCGCUGCAACCCGUCCUUUCUGUUUCCCGCAACCGCCCACUUCCGCGACUGCACCAUCGAGGAUUUCAUCUGCCUGAUCGAUUACAACGUGUCUUUCGGCGGCAUAAUCGGCUUGUUCCUGGGCGGCUCGCUGCUCAGCGCCGUCGAGCUGGUUUAUUAUCUGGCGGUGGCGGUAUUCUCGUCUCUACGCUCACGACAGAGGAGAACCGAAGGAGAGCGCGGAAGAGCCCGACGAUCGAGCGUGACGCACGUCCACGCAGCGGCGAUGCUGCCCAUCCUGGAUUACAACCCUCUGAAACCGCCGGCGAGGAGGAUACCGAUUUUCCCGAAUUACGGCCUCGCAGAAUUGAAUUUGAACAGAUAUUGAAUUACCGUGAAGUUUUUCGAUACGCGGGCGGGGAGGUGGUCUCUAUCAUAGCCGAGCCACCGCGAAAUUUGAGAAGGUAAAAUAAGAGAGGAGGUUUAUCUAUAUACUCUUUCUCUUUGAAUCGAUAUUCGUCGAAAUGUGGACGCGUAUGCAUGCGCGAGCGCGCACGUGUCUACGUAUAUUCCGCUAAUGGAAUUCUGUAUUUUUCCAAAAGUCGCGAGGAGAACAAACAAAAUUUUUCAGAACAGGAGCCCCAGCUAUUCCCAUUCCUAAAUCGUCCGGAAUCGAGAGUACUGUCUGUUAGAAUAAACGGGUUCCGUCCUGUUCUUCAUAGACAUGUUGGUUAUUGUGUUUUACCGUGGGAGGCUAUUCCCAUAAAUCAGGAAGUAGCUGCGAUAUUGAUCGGAUUUGACAAGGAAAUCGAGAAUGCCUUGCUCACGCGAAAUCUGGUAUCUACCUUCUAAAACCCAUGUUCCUGCGCGCAUUUGUGUGUGUGUGUG